GAGCCGCGCGCGUCCCGAGCGGCCGCAGAGGUGGGCGCAGGCCCGGGGUCGCCUCCGCACCGGGGUGUGGCUCGGGUCGGGCUCGAGCGGCCGGGAGCGUCGCGCAGAACGGUGUCCGGAGGCGGCCGCGCAGAACUGACAGAACCCCGCUUUCCCUGGCACGCGAGGAACGAGAGUUCAUGUGUGUGUCCGAUGGUCGCUUGCGCAGCGGCGGCCGGGGGAGUGGGGGAAAACGCAGCUCUGCGGCACUGAGUGAGCGGACGCUGUCGUGUGUCCCCGGGCGUGCUCAGCAUGGGCCCCGUGGGCAAGCAGAGCCCCUCAGCCCCACCGGGCCCCACGGGAGGGUCUUGCCUCCUCCUCCUCUUCUGCCUGCGCUUGGGCGCUUCCUGCCCACAGGGCUGCCAGUGCCCUGACCACGCCGGGGCCGUGGCCGUCCACUGCAGCGCGAGGGGCCUGCAGGAGAUCCCCAAGGACAUCCCUGCCGACGCCGUGCUCCUGAAGCUUGAUGCCAACAAGAUCGCCCACAUCCCCAACGGGGCCUUCCAGCACCUGAACCAGCUGAGAGAGCUGGACCUGUCCCAGAACACCAUCGAGACCAUCGGCCCCGCUGCCUUCUCGGGCCUGGCCGGGGGCCUGCGGCUGCUGGACCUGUCUCAUAACCGCAUCCGCAGGAUUCCCAAGGAUGCCCUGGGCAAGCUCAGCGCCAAGAUCCGCCUGUCCCACAACCCCCUGCACUGCGAGUGUGCGCUGCAGGAGGCGCUGUGGGAGCUGAAGCUGGACCCCGAGUCGGUGGACGAGAUCGCCUGCCACACGGCCGUGCGGGACGAGUACGUGGGCAAGCCGCUCAUCCAGGCGCUCGACUCCGGCGUCAGCUUCUGCAGCACCCACCACAAGACCACCGACGUGGCCAUGCUGGUCACCAUGUUCGGCUGGUUCGCCAUGGUGAUCACCUACGUCGUGUACUACGUGCGCCAGAACCAGGAGGACGCCAGGAAGCACCUGGAGUACCUGAAGUCCCUGCCCAGCGCCCCCGCGUCCAAGGACCCCGUCGGCCCCGCGCCCUAGUGCCCGCCGGCCGGAGCAGCGCGCUGCCCGCCUGUCCCCCAGCACUUUUGUAGAGGAUGGUGACUGACUCCUGCUUGCAAGACCCCUGAGCGGCGGGUCCCCACAGCCCUUCUGUGCAGCACCCCACCCUUCCAGAACCCUCUCUCGUGUUGUGUUUUAGUCACCACGCCGCCUUUCAAGUCCAACAUGUUACCGUCGGGCCCGCUUGACGAGCCAGGAAACCAAAGCUUGGAGAAACGGCAUCGCCCGCCACGACACAGUUGGGAAACGACCCAGUCGGGACUUAACACCGGGCCGCCUGUCGUGACGUUCCAUGUCCCUUGCACUCAGCUGGCCGCUUCCCUGUGGCGUCCGUAGGGUGUGAACAGCGUUCAGAGAAGAAUGGGCUCGCGCCCGGGAGCGUGAGGUCAGCCCGCAGGGGGUGGGGUGCGGACUGGUCUGUUGGAGGCAGAGUCCUACACCGCAGAACUGGGUUGCCUUGCCCCCGAGUAGCGGUUCCUGAGCACACCUGACCGCAGAACUCUUUCCAGAGCAAAGUAGUAGAGACCAGGUUUUUCUCGAGAGGUAAGUGAAAAAGCGUAGUUCAAACUAACCUUUGAACAGCUUUGUUUAUUCUCAGAAUGUUUGUUAAGAGUAACGUUUGUACUGAAAUUUCACUCCGGGGAGAGGGGGAAAAAUCGUAAAAAUCAAAACCCGAGAAAACCAUGGACAGAAGCCCGAAAAAGGUCCAGAGUGGAUCGUCAAGGAGGGCAGUGUCCGCAGCCAGACCGGUGCGUCCCUGCCCUCGGUCCCGCCACUGUCCGAGCCUGGUUUGGGGGAAGGCCCGUCAUCCUGGGUCGAUACUGUGCCUUGCUUUUCUGCUCACCGAUGCCUAAAGCAGGUCCUUCUCCAGGACAGGAGGACUGAGAUUUGGUGUCUCAAGGCCAGUCAACGGGAUGCUACCUUUCUCCAGCAACAGGAAGUCUGUCCCUUCCUCUCUCUGUCUCUCUGCCUCUCUCUCCACCUUUGCCACCAGGAAUCUCAAGCUAAUUCCUGUACAACUUUAUGUUCGGGGCAGACAUUACCUCCACCUGUGUAACUGUGAUCUGUCUUCCCAGUUUUAUUUUUUGAUGUCUUUUGUAUGAGUAUUUAUUUUUAAAUUGCUUCAAAUAUUUGGGGGGGGAGACAAAAUUGGGACACAUUGCUCAUGAACUUGAGGUAUAAAGGGUACAAGUUUCAUCGAGCAGAUGCUUGGAAAGGUUUAAAAUAGAGGGUGGUCUGUACUCGGAAAGCGUCACAUGAUCUGACAUGGGACACGAACACGGGAUCCUAUCUGAGUGUUGAUUCGGAGAUUCAGAUUCCCCGGCUGAGACCCAAAAGGCUCGUCCAAACGAGGUCAUGAUUUUUUCAGUUAUGGUGCAUUAAAAAGAAACAGCUGUCAGCUUCCAAAUACCCUCCCGCACCCAAACCCCCCACUUCUCUGCCCCCCGUCCAGAUCAGGUGUGCAGGGAUGGGGGGCAGGGCCCAGGGCCGCCUCCCGCAGCCUGACACUCCCAGGGACGAAGGUAGGUGCUGCUGCUGGCUGACCAGCCGGGCAGGGGCCCCACCCGCCCAGGGUGCAUGUGGUGGGGAGAGGGGGGCCACCACCCGAGGAGCUCACCACCUGUGGGUUUGCCCGAUGGAGGUGACCCGCUACAGGUGCGGGGGCGGCGUGCCGGGGUCCUGCGGGUACGCCUCCGUGCUGUGAGGGAGGCCUUGGCUUUGUGGGGGCCUGUCCCCUGCCAGGGAACUCGACAUUUCCUCUUACGCCAGAAUGAGCCCAGAGAGCCCGGAUUCCACCCAAACGCGGCUCUUCAGGGAGAGCGCGGGGCGUGGGGGCUCCUUCCCCCCUUGCCUUGUUGAGGACCCUGGACACACCAGAGGGUCCUCUCCCUCGUACCCUGAGCCAGGGUCCGGCUGCCAGGCCUUCCUGGCCUUUCCGGGACCUCGCCCUUCAGGGGGUGUCCCAGAGCGCACGCCUCCCUCCAAGGAAGACCACCGGGUCCCUAAACCCCGGGGCCACGAAGCUCCUUCCUGCUCGUGCGCUCCCCCCCUGGUCCCCGGGAGCCCUCUGCUCUCCCGGGCUACGAUCAUCGUCUCCCCUCUUUCCCCUCCCCUUGAGGGACCCCUUAACGACACCCUGCCAGGGCCCACCCCCUUCCUCGCUGCCACGUGUGAGUGCAUCCUGCUGGACGCCCCCAAGGGCCCCACGGCUGAGCGGCCCCAGCCCUGCACCAGUGGGCAUUUACUUCCGUCUUAAAUCUGCCGGGGCGGGGCAGGGUCUAGCUGGCCUCCCAGGGAGAAUCCGUGGCGACAGUGUCAGGUACGCGACAAAGGGGGUGUCUUGGCUGGCCAGUCUCAGGGGUAGUGGGGUCACAGCCUUAUGGAACGUGGGUGGCCCUUGGCUCUCACUGUGAUCCCCAAACAAGGGACCUUCAAAGCUCUUCAUGCACAUACACAUAUCCAGUCUGUGAAGCCCGUUUACCGUGGGAGGUAACGCAUCACAAGGUCUGGGGGUCAGGGCAGGGUGACUCCAGGGCUCCCCAUGGGACAGGAGGUUGGAGCAGCCACCCUAGCUCAGGGUGGUGGCGGGGCCGCCCUUCCUUCCCAUGGGGGUUGGUGGAAGGGGUCUGGCUUCUAGGGAGGCCUGAGGGCCAGAGGGGUGACGAGGGGCUGUGAGAGGCUCAUGGAACCCUUCGGGGAGCCUGGUCUCCCUGCCCAGCUGCUCUGGUUGGUCUGGGGGAGGCUUCCUGCUCCCUUGGUCCCCAGCCUCACCGUGGAUGUGCCUCGUGGAGCCCAGAGUCCCACCCCCAACCUGACCCUAGGAGGGGAUGCCUGAUAACUCGUGGCUUCCUGGUGCCCCAGCCUGCCUCCACCUUGGGCUUUGGGGUCGCUCCCUUGGGUGGCCCAGUGGUGGGGAUGGGCCAUCUGGACACUCGGGGGCCGUCCCUGGUGGGUGGGCUCCUGGGCAGAAGACCCCUGCGUGGAGGGCGCCCCCAGCUGGGCUCCAUGGGGAGGACAGGACGUGCACCGCCAGGGUUCCUGCGCGGCUGGGACUGGGGGCUCCUCUUGUAGGAGGAGCCCUGGAACCAGGGGCCACCUCCGCCAUGGGGCCCUAAGUCCCCAGGUUGACCUGCAGUGAGGGUGGAUGAUGGUUUUAAAUUGGACACGCGAUUGGGUAAACCCAGGUGUAUUUUCCUCUUUUUUUAAAAAUUUUAAAAAAUGUUCUUUAUUUAUUUUUGAGAGAGACAGAGUGCAAGCAGGGGAGGGGCAGAGAGAGGAGGGGACGCAGAAUCCAAAGCAGGCUCCCAGCACGGAGCCCGACGCGGGGCUGGAACCCACGAACCGUGAGAUCAGACCUGAGCCGAAGUCGGACGCUCAGCCGACCGAGCCACCCGGGCGCCCCUCGGGUGUGCUUUUCUUAAUGGAAGGUGGCUGCGGGCAGCAGGGGAGGGGAGUCAGGCGGUUGAGAGCAGGGGCUGCACAGCACAGCGCUUCUGGCUCCGCCCUGUGGCGUCUUGGAUUCUGCACGCGGUCUAAGGAGUGUGCAUGCAGACGCCCUUGUGCGGGGCUGCAGGGGGUCAGCUCCUCCCAGAGGGUCAGCAGAACGCUGGGGCAUCAGCCAAGUCGAGGCUGGGGUGCGAGGGCGUCUGAGCGGUGGAGCUGGGUCCCGGUCACGAGCACUGGAGAUGGCUCGGUGGGCGCUGUGUGCCGGCCUCAGCCCUGCCGGCUUUCCUGCACCUGCUCCCCGGGCUCCCUUGCCGCGGGUUCUCGACAGAUGCAUUUACAGGAGACGUUGACCCUGGACUGAGUUACCGGGGGAGAAGCCAGGGCUGCUUUGGCAGACUGUGGCCGAGAUGGAAUGUUCUGGAUUUGUGGCAGCUCCCGGCAAACUCAGGAGCCUGGCAUGGUUUCUGUAGUCCUCUUUCCCGGAAGCUGGGUCCAAAGUCUCACUGCCCUCCCCGCUGCCUCUGACCGUUCAAUAAACCCCUUUGUGCUUA